GUAGGAAAGUGGUUGGAAAGCGUUUGGUGAGAGACGGAGACCGCGAGCCCAGAUUGCUCUUCUUCCGAGUUCCGACUGACAGCAUUGGAAGGUCCGUCAGACCGAAGAGACACUGCGAAGCAAGUAAAGCACCGAACUUCCUUCUCAGUUCUCUCUCUUUUUUAUUUAUUUUUUUAAUUUUAAUUUGAACAAACUUUCUUUAUCGUCCUUUUACUUUUCUCAUCCUGCCAACCCUCUUGCGUUUCAUCCCUUGUCGCUCCUCUCCGCAACCGAGUUCAGCAUCCUUUCCCCUUUGUGAGAAUGGCGAGCAGUUCGGCGGCGACUUUGGAAGAUGUUCCCUCAAUGGAUCUUAUGACCGAGCUUCUCCGCCGCAUGAAGUGCGCUUCCAAGCCUGACAAGCGUCUCAUUCUCAUCGGUCCUCCUGGGUCAGGGAAAGGCACUCAAUCUCCAAUAAUCAAGGAUGAGUUCUGCUUAUGUCACUUGGCCACUGGGGACAUGUUGAGAGCUGCUGUUGCAGUUAAAACUCCUCUUGGAGUCAAGGCUAAGGAGGCUAUGGACAAGGGACAACUUGUUUCUGAUGACUUGGUCGUUGGAAUUAUCGAUGAAGCAAUCAAGAAGCCCUCUUGUCAGAAGGGCUUCAUUCUUGAUGGGUUUCCUAGGACUGUGGUCCAAGCUCAGAAGCUUGAUGAGAUGCUUGAGAAGCAAGGAGUUAAAGUUGAUAAGGUGCUGAAUUUUGCUAUUGAUGAUGCUAUUUUGGAAGAGAGGAUUACGGGUCGCUGGAUCCACCCUUCUAGUGGUAGAACCUACCACACGAAAUUUGCACCUCCCAAGACUCCAGGCGUUGAUGAUGUAACUGGAGAGCAUUUGAUUCAACGGAAAGAUGACACCGCUGCAGUCCUCAAGUCAAGGCUGGAUGCCUUCCACAAGCAGACUGAACCAGUUAUUAGCUAUUACAAGCAGAAGGGCGUUGUUGCGGAUCUUCAUGCCGAGAAACCUCCCAAAGAGGUUACAGUCGAGGUUGAGAAAGUGCUUUCUUGAUAGUGUGCCUGUCGAAAGCAAGUCGGCUUUACUUUAGGAUUCAAGAGGGAAUUUUUUUCCUUUUGCCCUUUUGCUCGUGAUAUGUAGUGGACCAAUGUCAUUUGUGUUAUCUGUUCUGCUGUUUCCUGGUUAUUUUGGCUGCAAUUUUCGGCUACUAUACCAAACCAUUGUUGAGGGCAUUUAACUGCUGAGCCGCACUUUUAGAGAA